GGAGGAAUUGAUUUCGCGAGCGAAUUGUACGCCUGGGCAGUGAGGAGACUGGAAAAAGUUAGAAUUCAAUCGAGAGGCUUGCUGUACAGGAAUGAUACAGACCACCCCAUGUACUGUAAUUCAAGUGGGAGUAGCCAAUUCUGUCAGGAAAUGUCCUGGCGCCACGUGUUAUUCGCUUUUCCUGUUUUAUUUAGGGUUCUUGGCAUUGGAUCGCGGCCAUGGCCGCUGGAUCAUCGCGGCAGCAGCAGCAGCAGCAGGACACGGUGGUGCCGCCCUAUGUGAAGGCGCUGUCGGGAUCGCUGGGCGGCAUUGUGGAGGCGAGCUGCCUCCAGCCGAUCGAUGUGAUCAAGACGAGGCUGCAGCUGGACACCGCGAGGCAGUACAGGGGGAUCGCCAACUGCGGCGUCACGAUCGUCAGGAGCGAGGGCGUGCGGGCGCUGUGGAAGGGAUUGACGCCCUUCGCCACGCAUCUGACGCUCAAGUACACGCUGCGAAUGGGGACCAACGCGCUGCUCCAGACGUUUCUGGCCGAUUCCGACACGGGCAAGCUCAGCUCCGCGGCGAGGCUGGCCUCGGGAUUUGGAGCUGGAGUGCUGGAAGCGCUCGUUAUCGUCACACCAUUCGAGUCCCUUCGACGAACGAUCAUUGCUUGAGCUUUUCUGUUAUCCUCGCAAUUCUUGGAGAGCUUCGUGAUACUUGGUGUCGAAAAUACGUGGUGAAGAUCAGGCUCCAGCAGCAGCGAGGCCUCAGCCGUGACAAGCUCCUGUACAAGGGCCCGAUCCACUGCGCUGGAACGAUCAUCCAGCAAGAGGGGAUCCUGGGCCUCUGGUCGGGGGCUCUCCCCACCGUGAUGCGCAACGGGAUCAACCAGGCCGCCAUGUUCACCGCCAAGAACACCUUCGACUCCAUGCUGUGGAAGAAGCACGAAGGCGACGGACGAACUCUACAACCUUGGCAGUCCAUGGCGUCGGGAUUCCUGGCCGGGUGCGUCGGCCCCGUUUGCACGGGGCCUUUCGACGUUGUCAAGACGCGGCUCAUGGCGCAGAGCAGGAAGAAUCCAAAGUACUCUGGGAUGUUUCACGCGAUCGCCACCAUUCGAGCCGAGGAAGGCGUGCUCGCGCUGUGGAAGGGCCUGCUGCCCAGGCUGAUGAGAAUUCCUCCCGGGCAAGCGAUUAUGUGGGCAGUCGCGGACCAGAUCACCGGUUUGUACGAGCGAAAGUUCGUCCUGCCGUCGCCAUCGUCGACGUCGAAUGGAGUGAUCUGAUAUGAUCUGGAGGAGUCCAAGAGAAAGAACUCAGAGAAGUAGAAACUUUGAUCGAUCGAGAGGCUAGAAACUCCAAGGAGCCAGGCUUACGUUCUCGUGUAAGUCGUUUUUUGUUCUAAAACAUUGAAUAACUUGAAGCUUUCUUACAUGUAAUGUGCAUUGUAUGCGGGUUUUUAGGGUUCUUGAUGGCGAGCGCGAGCUUCGUGAUUGCUGCGCCUCUCCAAUGCGGCGUCUCUCAUUGCUCCGGGCAGAGGCGCAGGAGGAUCACUGCGUUCGUGAGAUGCUGCUGGAAGGAAGUCGUGGAUUCUUCAUCUGGAAAGCCUUACUACUGGAAUAUCGAAACGAAUGAGACGAGAUGGAAUUUGCCAAGUUUUCCUGAGGAGCCUCUUACUCCUGUUCUUGCGGAAGAGGAGCUCACGGCGAUUUUGCUCGCGGCCGACACUGAUAAAUUUGGGGACAUUGCGAACAACUACAGGCCUCAAUGCUUUGAGCUAAGCUACUUCGAUUAUCUGACUGCCAGAAUCGAAGCCAGCAAAGACAGUGAAUCCAAGCUAGCUUUGGAACGAUUGCGUGCAAGGCUGUCCAAUCCUUUGCUGAAGAAUCCUCCGCCAUGGGCUUAAUAAGCUGGCCAAAGCUGGCUAGUUUUGGAAUUUGGACAUUGCGAACAACUACAGGCGUCAAUGCUUUGAGCUAAGCUACUUCGAUUACAAUCUUACAUCAUCAAGCAUUCAAUCCAAGGCAAUCAAUUCCGGAGAUACCUGGAGAUUUCAUCUGAAUGUGUAUGAUUUGAUAACGUUGAGAGGAAGUUACCUUCAGGUUACCUUGAA